UAAAAAGCAACAACAUACAACAAGUUUCUCAUUCUCUGGAUUCAUCAUCUGAAUACAGGUCUACCAGCAGAAAUAAAAAAAGGUGACAUGAAGCUGGGUUUGCUGGCGCUGCUGGUUCUGGCAGCACUGCUGCCCAACCUUUCUGACACUCGCAUUGUCUCCAAAUGCGAGCUGAAGGACAAACUUGCAGAGGCAAUCAACAAGACCAGAGGACCAGAACAAGUUACAGAAGAAAUCCUGGCAGAAAUUAUCUGUGAGGUCAACAGGACAUCUAAUUUGAACACCAGCCUGGUAAAGACGGAGGGCUUUCGGCAUCCUCUGACUUCAGAUGUCAAAUCUGGCAGCAGACACAAGAGAGAAGCCUCUUCCAGAGGAAGGCACCACUCAGAGGAGACAGAUAGUUAUGAGGAAAACAUGAUUCAGGAAAGAAACAUGGAGAAACACAGUGAGCACAAGAGCGAUGAAGAUAGCUUUGAGAUCAGUGAGGAAGAUGAAGAGGUCUCAAACUCAACUUCAGUAUUGGGCAACCGAAGAAAGCGUGGAGCCCAUGACAAUAGAAGAGACCCCUCAGUGGAAGGAAGGGGCAAAGGAAAGUCUCAUAAGAAAGAGAAGGAGCAUGAUGGCAGCCAUGAGACAACUGAAGAAGUGAGCAUGAUGACAGCCAUGAGACAACUGAAGAAGUGCCCUCAAAUUCAACUGCAGCUCCUGGAAACAACAGACAAAAGCGUGGAGCCCAUGACAAUAGAAGAGACAGUUCAGGAGAAGGAAAGGGCAAAGGAAAGUCUCAUAAGAAAGAGAAGGAGCAUGAUGACAGCCAUGAGACAACUGACGAAGUGCCCUCAAAUUCAACUGCAGCUCCUGGAAACAACAGACAAAAGCGUGGAGCCCAUGACAAUAGAAGAGACCCCUCAGGAGAAGGAAGGGGCAAAGGAAAGUCUCAUAAGAAAGAGAAGGAGCAUGAUGGCAGCGAAAGAGAAGGAGCAUGAUGACAGCCAUGAGACAACUGAAGAAGUGCCCUCAAAUUCAACUGCAGCUCCUGGAAACAACAGACAAAAGCGUGGAGCCCAUGACAAUAGAAGAGACCGUUCAGGAGAAGGAAAGGGCAAAGGAAAGUCUCAUAAGAAAGAGAAGGAGCAUGAUGACAGCCAUGAGACAACUGACGAAGUGCCCUCAAAUUCAACUGCAGCUCCUGGAAACAACAGACAAAAGCGUGGAGCCCAUGACAAUAGAAGAGACCCCUCAGGAGAAGGAAGGGGCAAAGGAAAGUCUCAUAAGAAAGAGAAGGAGCAUGAUGACAGCCAUGAGACAACUGAAGAAGUGCCCUCAAAUUCAACUGCAACUCCUGGAAACAACAGACAAAAGCGUGGAGCCCAUGACAAUAGAAGAGACCGUUCAGGAGAAGGAAAGGGCAAAGGAAAGUCUCAUAAGAAAGAGAAGGAGCAUGAUGACAGCCAUGAGACAACUGACGAAGUGCCCUCAAAUUCAACUGCAGCUCCUGGAAACAACAGACAAAAGCGUGGAGCCCAUGACAAUAGAAGAGACCCUUCAGGAGAAGGAAAGGGCAAAGGAAAGUCUCCUAAGACAACUGCAGCCUCUGCCUCUUAUGGUAUCUUCCAGCUGAGUGAUGGCUAUUUCUGUGAUUCUGGUAACAAUUUGUCCAGAAAUCUCUGCCAGAAAUCCUGCACAGACUUCACCAAUGAUGACAUAACAGAUGACAUUGAGUGUUUCUUGAAGGCAUUCUUUGAUGGGUAUCUUCGGAGGCCCCGCUCUCACCACUGUGACGAUGAAGCAGGAACAUCCCUUCAAGAUUGCUCCUAAGUGUCUAUGAAAGCACAUUUUCUUCCACCAGGUUUACUUCCACUGUGGGUUGUAGAUCACUGAAUUGAAGCAUUGCUUUCUUGUUUUUGUUGACUAUAACAGCAAUACCUUUUCAUCAAUCCUUUUCUUAAAGAUAACAAAAAAGGUUUUGUUAGAUUUAGGGCUUACUGUAGAUGUUUUUAAACCUAGUGAUUUAAAUAACUUCUGAUUUAUAGCAGUCUCUGUAAUAAAGGUGAAAAAGUGUAACUAUCUAUCUGACUAUCUAUAAACAGUUCUUAUAAUAUCUAUCAUCUAUUUGGUGACUGAUAACGUUUUAGAUACACCAAUAGGACCUGGUGAUAUUCAUCCAAAGUGUAACAUUAUAGGUCUGUAAUAAAAAUGCUAAAAAUUGUU